CUCAGUUGUUGGAAUUGAUCUUGGAAGUACGGAGAAAAUGAUUUUGUAAGUCUUAACCUGUUCUUUUUUGCCCUUUAGUUUGUUCCCAAUUGUUUUAGCAUAAAAGCAUUGAGAAAGAGAGAGAAGUCCAGAGAAGAAUCUAAUCUUUCUCUACUCCAUUAAUUCUGGACAGCCUAAGAAGUCAGGGAUGGAAAAUCGCAGUGAAAUUUUUGAUGUAAUAGUGGUGGGAGCAGGCAUUAUGGGCAGUUCUACAGCUUACCAAACUGCUAAACGAGGUAAGAAGACGCUCCUUCUUGAGCAAUUCGAUUUCUUGCACCACCGUGGCUCCUCCCAUGGCGAAUCAAGGACCAUUCGGGUAACCUACCCUGAGGAAUACUACCCCAAAAUGGUCUUAGAGUCAGAAAAACUGUGGGAAGAAGCUGAAGCAGAAGUUGGUUACAAGGUCUACUUCAAGACAUCCCAAUUUGACUUGGGUCCAUCAGACAACAAAUCCCUCCAGGCCACCAUAUCCAGCUGCCAGAAAAACAGGAUUCCUGUCCGAGUUCUCGACCAUAAUCAAGUUUGCGAAGAGCUUUCUGGUAAAUUUCAGUUAACUGAGGAUUGGAUUGGUGUGGUGACCGAGCAUGGUGGUGUUAUUAAGCCCACCAAGGCGGUGUCUUUGUUUCAAACACUUGCAAUCAAGAAUGGUGCAAGCCUUAGAGACAACAUGGAAGUGGUAGAUAUCAAGAAAGAUGAUUCAGAAGAUGCCAUUUUGGUCUGCACCAGAAAUGAUCAAAGAUUUUGGGGGAAAAUAUGUAUAGUCACAGUUGGAGCCUGGAUGAAAAGAUUGGUCGAGAAAGUUACAGGUCUAACUCUGCCUAUACAACCCCUGGAAACAGCUGUACACUACUGGAAAAUCAAAGAAGGGCAUGAGGCUCAGUUCAUGAUUGAUAGUGGCUUUCCGACAUUUGCAAGCUACGGUGAGCCUUACAUCUAUGGCACUCCAUCUCUGGAAUUCCCAGGACUGUUAAAAAUAGCAGUGCACGGUGGCCACCCCUGCGAGCCAGACGAGAGAACAUGGGCUGCAUCGCCUAGUGCACUAACUGCAUUGAAAGAGUGGAUCCAAAGCAAAUUUGGAGAUCUCAUCGACUCAAGUGGGCCCGUGGUGAGACAAUCUUGCAUGUAUUCCAUGACACCAGAUGAGGAUUUUGUGAUUGAUUUUUUGGAUGGAGAAUUUGGGAAGGAUGUCUUGGUUGCUGGAGGCUUUUCUGGGCAUGGUUUUAAGAUGGGACCAGUUGUUGGGCGGAUAUUGGCUGACCUUGCUAUAGAGAAGCAAGCAAAAUAUGUGGAGUUGAAACACUUCAGUAUAAAGAGGUUUGAGGGAAAUUCUAAAGGAAAUGCUAAGGACUUUGAUGAUCAAGUCAAUUCAGUUGGUUGAAAAUUGACUGAUGUGAACACCGAUUUUAUAUCCGUCAGAUAUUUUAGCUUGUUAAGAUGAUUGAAUUGCUGCAACUUCGAGCCAUCUGUAUCCGGUGUCCAUUAUGCUUUCAUUGUUCGGUGUAGUGUUUCCUAUCUGUUCUCUCCUAGUCCGAGAAAUGUUAAUUUGUUCAAUUUGGCAUCAAGUAUUUAAGAAAUUGAUGAUUUUCUUGAUUUUA